CUCAAAUUCCGAGAAUUUAGCUGCUCUGAUUCUUAGAACUGGGGUUCUUAGAAGGGGUGAUGCGAAGAGUUUCUAGGAAAGCCGGACCAGAUAUCAUCAAAAUGGCCUGCGCAGCAGACAGCUGCAUCCAGUUCACACGACAUGCAAGUGAUGUGUUACUCAACCUAAACCGCCUCCGCAGCCGUGAUAUCUUGACUGAUGUAACCAUCGUGGUAAACAGACAGCAGUUUCGUGCUCACAAAACUGUCCUCAUGGCUUGCAGUGGCCUGUUCUACAGUAUCUUUACCGACCCACUUAAGUGCAAUCUUGGUGCGAUCACAUUGGACCCAAAGGUGGAUUCAGAUGGCUUUGCAAUACUUUUGGACUUCAUGUAUACCUCACGUCUCACCAUACGUGAGAGCUUGAUCUUGGCCAUCAUGAACACUGCUGUCUACCUACAGAUGGACCAUGUGGUUGACACCUGUCACCGCUUCAUUAAAUCCAGUGAUGAUAGACACUGUCCUAAGAUGUCCAGAGGAGAUUUUCUUGCCAAUUCCAUGCUGAUGCAUCAGGAUAUUCAUCCAUUCCGUUCAUCGGACCUUUUGGAGACGCUGCCUCCCAAUAGUUCUCCUUUUCGCGAAGAGCGAUCAUAUGGCCCUAGCAUGUAUGCUGCUCCUAAUAAUCCUUACCCUUUGUACAACCAUAUGCCAGUCCAGAGGUUUCCUCUUCCACUUGGCAAAAUUACAGACAGCAAAAUGUCAUUUGCAGACUAUCCCAGAGGAGGCAGUAGUGGAAGUGUUCUCCACAAACACUUUUCUGCUCCUGAAAACACUAAUAUGAUGCCAGCUGACUAUAGCCGCACAUUUGCUAAUGUUGGAACAAAUUCUUGUCACACCAUCGCAUGCUCCAGAGAUGUAGAUGAAGAUGAAGAGGUGAGAAGAGAGAGCCAUUUCACAAUUCCACAGAGUCCAAAGCCAGUGAGCCCCCACUCCAGGAACCCUAGCUUUUCAGUAAUUGGGCGUGAGCAGAUGGAGGGCAGUGGAAAUGGCUCAGCAGGGGACGCUAUGGACCUCCAGCUACAUUCUUCUCAUCAUGACUCUCCUGGAAGUUGCAAAGGCCUUCUGAACAGCCCACAAAGCCCACAGAAAUCGGACUGCCAACCUAAUUCUCCCACAGAGUCCAGCAGCAGCAAGAAUGCCUCUUUCUCCCACACUCUUACCUCUUCCUCCCAGUGUUCCCCAGACCCAAAGGCACGCAACUGGAAAAAGUAUAAGUUUAUUGUCCUCAAUUCUGCCAAUCAGAGUUCCAAAGAAGACAGCUGUGCUGCUCGAGAUACAGAAUCUCACUCCCCACUUAGAAACAUGUCUCCACCUUUCCUUCCAUCUGAAGAACAGGAUCAGUUGGACCUUCAGAUGCCUCCCAAACCAAGUGAGCUUGCUGAAGACCUUCCAUCCUCCCAGGGGAGUCGACUCAACACUAUUGCGAGCAGAUCAAUGGAAGGGUCCCCUCGGAGUAAUGACAGCCACUCUUCCAUCUAUGUGAACCACUUAAAAUGCACUUCUUGUGGCUCACAGUCACCUCAGCACUCUGAAAUCUGCCCCAACACUCCUGGCUCUCACUUUGGAGAAGAAAUGACUGAGAUUCACUCGGAAUUCUCUGACUCCAGUUGUGAAAAUGGUACCUAUUUCUGCAACGAAUGUGAUUCCAAAUUUGCGGAGGAAGAUGCACUAAAAAGACACACUCUUCAGGUGCACAGUGACAAGCCAUAUAAGUGUGACCGAUGCCAGGCUGCCUUCCGCUACAAAGGAAAUCUUGCCAGUCACAAAACUGUCCACACAGGAGAAAAGCCCUACCGGUGCAACAUCUGCGGAGCACAGUUCAACAGACCAGCUAAUCUUAAGACCCAUACUCGAAUUCAUUCGGGAGAAAAGCCAUACAAAUGUGAGACAUGUGGUGCUCGAUUUGUGCAGGUAGCUCAUCUGCGGGCACAUGUACUCAUUCACACAGGAGAGAAGCCUUACCCAUGUGAGAUCUGUGGGACCCGCUUCAGACACCUGCAAACUUUGAAGAGCCACCUGCGUAUUCACACCGGGGAGAAGCCCUAUCAUUGUGAAAAGUGCAAUUUGCAUUUUAGACACAAGAGUCAGCUAAGACUGCACUUAAGACAAAAACACGGCGCCAUCACCAACACAAAGGUCCAGUACAGGCUGUCCAAUGCAGAGAUGUCCACUGCUGUGUCCAAGCCAUGCUGAGGAGUAUGGAGACUCCAGCUUUUUAUAUUUUAAUAUAAUAUAUUUUUUAAAACGUAUGUGCCUCACUCUUUUGUGUACAUGGACCACAGACGGGUUCCUCCAGAUGUGAAACUAAAGCAGACUGUGCUUUGUCUCUUGUCUUUGCCACUUUAAUGUCUUUUUUUUUUUUUUUUUUUUUUUUUUUUUUUUUUAAUAUUAAGCUUUCAUAGAGCUAUUUUUUCCCCACAGCUUAUUUUGUUGGCUUCUAAAUUGGUUAUGGAAUGUACUGGAAGGUGGAAAUUUGGAAAACUUCUCAAAGGAGUAUUUUUUUUUUUUUGUGUACGAUGAAGUGAAAGGUUUUUUUUUUUGUUGUUUUUUUUUUUUAUAUAUAUAAUAGAACUUUGUCAGAUUUAAAGUAUUGUAUAGAUAUUUCUAUAUUUAUGUUGCACAAUAUCAAAUCUUUGAUUUUUAUGAUGUUUUAAUUUUGAUCUUGUCGCUGAAAGCACUCAUGUAGACUGUUUUGUCAACUAAUGUAUAGAUGCAUUCUACUUGUACUAUCGGAUUGCACUCUGCUGGCGGACAGCAAUCCGUGCUUGCUAAAGCACGUAUUUUAAAUGUAUUGCUUCUUGGGAAAAAAAAGCACGAAAAGUGAUGUCUAAAUGCUAAAACAAAAACUGUACAAAAAUGUGGGCUUUUGCAAGUGAAAGUUUACUUUUCCCUUUUUCUUCUCUCCCCCUUUUUCCCUGAGCAAGCUAUUUUGAAUGUUCUUGUCCAGUGUCAUUUUUGU